AUGGGCAACGCUCCUCUUGAGAAGGCUCCUCUCCUCGAGCCUGAGCUGAAUGAACGAGGCAAGACAGACGACGAGAUAGACGCUGCUCCUCCCCGCCCAGCAAGGCGUCCAUGGAGACGUUUUCUCAGAAUCUUUGCCGCCGUCACAGUCUUAUCCCUUCUGUUGAGGCCACACUUGCCGCACUGGAGAUGGCCUCACCCGUGUCAUCGUCACUCACGCCACUCACCAUUUGGCCGAUUCCCUGAGAAACACGACCCAUUCCACUUCAUUCCAUGUACCAAGGACUCUGUCUUGCCGGCCCUGGACGACCCUCACCCCGAACGCACCUGGGCCAAGAGGUUUGACCCUAACCCAGCACAUUGGAGCUGGGGAAAUGCCACAGAGGGCCACGAAGAUGAUAUUGAGGAACCUCACAGGCCUCAUAGGCCUCACAACCCUCACCGUCCCGGUGAACCUGGCGAACCAGGAAGACCUGGUAGACCUGGAAAGCCUAGACAGCCCGGACCACCUCAUCACAACCCGUAUGCUGAUCGCGGUAUCUACCUCUGUGGAUACAUCGAUGUCCCCUUGGACUACACCAACAAGUCAGACACGCGUAUUUCUCGUCUCGCCGUGACCAAAUACCAGGUAUCGGGGCUUUCUCAUCGUGGACACAGGCGCCAUCACGGCAAACCCCGCCAGGGUGCUGGCACCAAGAGCGAACGCACCAUUGUCAUUGAACCAGGCGGUCCCGGAGGCAGCGGCACUUCCAUGGCAUGGCGAUCUUCAGAGGACAUCUCCAAGCGAUUGAGCGGCGGCAAGUACGACGUCCUGGGAUGGGACCCUCGCGGAGUCAACGCCUCUCUACCAGCCAUCUCCUGCUUUCCCUACGAUGUCGACAGGGACCACUGGUUAGUCCGCAUGUCCCAGUACCGUGAGACAUCGCCGUCGCCUCGUGCUCAGCUUGAAUUCUUCGACGCCAUGAGCGAUUCCAUCUUGGGCGCCUGUAAACAAAUUCACGGAGAUGUCCCCCGCUUCGUGUCAACAGCCUUUGUCGCGCGCGACCUGGAACAGAUUCGCCUGGCCCUCGGCGAGGAUGCGCUUACCGGGUACCUGGUGAGCUACGGGACCGGCAUUGGACAGACGUAUGCCAACAUGUUCCCCAACAGCGUGGGUCGCAUGAUCCUCGAUGGAACGGAAUAUGUGCGCGAUCACCGCGUUCUAGGUGGCUUUGGCUGGACCGCCUUGGACAACGGAACCAACGCUUUCCACGAUGGGCUCCUGGGAGAAUGUGUCAAUGCCGGCCCCGACCACUGCGCCCUGGCCAAGUCUGUCGACGGAAACGCCGUCACGCUGGAUGAUCUCCAGAGGCGAAUGGACAACUUGAUCCGGUCGCUGAUCAAACGCCCGCUCGCCUCGUACACGGCAGCCUCGGGGCCCUCGCUGGUCACAUACUCUAAUCUCGUCGGGCUACUCUACGGGGCCAUGUACAACGCCAAGGGGUGGCCAGCGCUGGCGCAGAUGCUCCACGAGCUGGAAGCAGGCAACACAACGCUCGCGGCCGCCAUGCUGGAGCGAAGCGUCUGGGAGUACGACCCCACGAAGCCGCCUCCGCCCAACAGACGGCCACGGUCCGAAGAGCUCGGCAGCCUGGUCAUCUGCGCCGACCAGUACGACGCGCCGGAGCCCGAGGACGGGCUGGCCUGGUACGAGUCCCUGUGGGCCAACAUGACUGCCAAGUCGUGGAUCGCGGGAAACUCUCGGUUCCAGAAUAUAUUCCCCUGCAGGCACUUCACCGACUACUGGCCCGAGCCGGCGGAGGUCUACCGCGGCGACCUGAACAACAGCCUGAGCAACCCAGUUCUUCUCAUCGCCGAGACGUACGAUCCCGCCACGCCCUUGCGCAACGGGAGGCGUCUUCUGAGCGAAAUGGGCAAGAAUGCUAGGCUGAUUGCGCACCAUGGCUACGGACACUCCUCCAGGGAUACGUCUGCCUGCACCGACGAGAUUGCCAAGGCGUACAUUCUGGAGGGUACCUUGCCGGAGGACCCGGAGACGGCGUGCUUUGCGGAUGAGAAGCCGUACCUGUAUGGCGUAAAGAAGAGCGGCGUUCGCAUGCAGAGAGAUCCCCUGGAGAUUUGGGACGAGCAUAUCAGGGAGUUGGCUAUUCUCAAUCCCCGGCUUUUGAGGUGA